AUUCGUAAAGGAAGAUCGUCGUUUAAGGCUCGUUGAAUUUGCCGCGUCUGACAGUCUCGUACGUGCAAUAAGAAAGAUGGCGGUCGCGUCGCAGUGCGCAUGUACUGCUUCCAAAUGGUCGAGCAAAAACACAGCUGGUCUAUGAUCUCCGAGGCAGCUGACGGUCGAACGCUCUCGACGUGAUUUCGCGUGUGUGUUUCCGACCGAUCUAAAGAGUUCACAGAGAGAUCUAAGGUUUAAGAUUCGGAUUCGAAGAGAGCUAUCGUAAUAGAGAGGUUAUAACUAGGUGUUAAGUAGAAAAGGGAAACGACGUGUGCCGGAUCAAAGGAGGCAGUGAUAGUGAUACGUUUUUGUGUGAGCUUAAAUGUGUAUGAAGCUCGUACGUUCGUCGCGGUGUCGCCACGAGGGGAGGUUCGUUCUUCGUCCCUGGGAUACAAAGGAGUCGAGGAACUGGCUGCUUCUAGCGUCCUUAAGAGGUCAGAGGCACCACCAGAGCACUAUGCAGUUGAACUCGUAAUAGUCGGACCGACUUAAAGGAAUAAGGGAAGAGGAAAAGGAAGUGGUCGGGGAAAGUGACGAUAGAUGAUACAAAAAAUGGCAUCCACCAGUGGACACAAGAGGAACGGUUCAAGUUCGAGCAUGUUCGCUCAUAAGCGAACCGAAUCCGGAGGUGGCUUCAUCGGUCACAAACGAUCCGAAAGCGGUCACAAACGGGCCGAAAGCAUAUCCAGUGCCUUUGGCCACAAGCGUUCCGAGAGUGGCCACAAAAGAAACGAGAGUGGUGGUGGUUUUGGCCACAAAAGGUCCGAGUCCGGUAGCAAUUAUCACGCGGGACAUCGACGGAAUGAGAGCAUGUAUGCCAUGACAGGACUGUACGCCGAAAGUGCUGGCACGGGAACCGAUGAAAAUGCGGAUCCUUUGCAACCAAGCGGUAGCAGACUGACUCAUGAUACCGUAAUAAGAUGUCACAGUAGAAAUCCAAGUUCCGGCCUUGUGGAUCAUAGAGACUUUAUCAUCAAAUGUCACAGCAGGAAUCCCAGUGCUUCCAUGGUGGACAGGACCGAAAAAGAAAGGGCCCAAACGCCACCGUUCAAUCCAGACUCGAAGGACUGCGGAAUUCUAAGCUGUAGGCCGGCCUUCAUUCAAAGAUUCGCCGGUAUAAAGGUGUUCGUAUUCCUCCUUUCAUUCCUCGUAACUCUACAACAAGCACUUAGUUCUGGUUAUAUCAAUUCUGUGAUCACAACUAUUGAAAAAAGGUUUGAAAUCCCGUCCAGCCUCUCGGGCCUCAUUGCCAGCUCGUACGAAAUAGGCAACGUCAUUACUGUCAUCUUUGUGAGCUAUCUCGGUAGUCGCAGACAUAUUCCUGUUUGGAUAGCCAUUGGUGCUGUUAUCAUGGGACUGGGAUCGAUGAUCUUUAUGGUACCGCAUUUUACCGCCGAGCCUAAUUUAACGACGACUUCGAACAAUUCGAGCUCGGAUAACAUUUGCCGUGGCGUUUCGUUGCGCGAACAAGACAUGGGACUCGGACGUUUGUCAUCGGGUUUAUCGUCGCCGCACAACAAUUUGAGAGGCGAUAAUUGUAUACAGGGAUCUCCAUCGAAUGCUGGUCCUGUUAUGCUCUUUGUGCUCGCUCAGUUAUUGUUAGGUUGCGGAGGUUCUCCUCUAUUUACUCUCGGUACUACUUACAUAGACGAUCAUGUGAGACCAGAGAGUGCUUCUUUGUACAUCGGAUGUAUGUACAGUAUGGCGGCUUUUGGACCAGUAUUAGGUUUUCUUCUUGGGGCAUAUCUUCUGUCAUUCCACAUGGACUCUUUCUCCGGGACGAUUAUUAGUAUCGAUCCUGGAGAUCAUCGGUGGGUCGGAAUGUGGUGGGGCGGAUUCUUACUCUGCGGUUUACUACUGAUAAUGGUGGCAAUACCAUUCUUUAGUUUUCCUAAAACAUUGCAACACGAGAAAGAGAAAAUAAGGAUCAUCGAGAAAAACAAAUCCACUUCUCAGAAGGAGAAGGAGCAAUCCAAGGAACCGAAGAAGGAGAAACUGGAUGAUACUGGAUACGGUAAAGAUGUGAAAGAUAUUCCGCGUAGCAUGUGGAGACUCGUUUGCAAUCCCGUAUACGUGGUGACCUGUUUGGGUGCUUGUAUGGAAUUGGUGAUCGUCUCGGGCUUCGUUGUUUUUCUACCGAAAUAUCUCGAAACGCAGUUCAGUCUUGGGAAGAGUCAAGCGAGUAUAUUUACCGGCUCGAUAGCUAUACCGGGUGCAUGCAUUGGUAUUUUCUUCGGUGGAUGUUUGCUGAAACGAUUAGAACUGAGGCCUAAAGGCGCGGUCCAGUUUGUUCUUGUCUCUAACAUAAUAUGUUUGGUUUGUUACGGUCUCUUAUUUUUCUUGGGUUGCGACAACGUGAAAAUGGCCGGGACCACUAUACCGUACUUUAACAGCAGCACGAAAGGUCCAGAACCUUUCCAAGUAAAUCUCACUGCCGCAUGCAACUUCGGUUGUGAAUGUCGAAUGACCGACGUUGAGCCGGUCUGUGGAAAUAACGGCCUGACGUACUUCAGUCCUUGUCACGCUGGAUGUACAGCCUUCAGUUCGAAAUCUAACUUUACGAAUUGCGCAUGUAUACACGGUAAUUUAACUAUGCUGCCACCAGCAGCACCAGAAUUUGCGGAAGUAACCGUAGUACCAGUAGCGACUGCUGGUCCGUGUACUUCACCCUGCAGAACGAUAUUUCCCUUUUUGAUUCUUCUAUUCUUCAUGACGUUUAUCGUGGCUGUAACCCAAAUGCCUUUGUUGAUGAUAGUUUUAAGAUCUGUAUCGGAGGAAGAACGAUCAUUCGCUCUUGGUAUGCAAUUCGUAAUCUUCAGACUGUUUGGUUAUAUACCAGCGCCUAUUCUUUUUGGUAAUUUAAUAGAUUCAACGUGUUUAUUGUGGAAAAGUACUUGCGGCGAGAAAGGCGGCCGAUGUCUCUUGUACGACAUCGAACAAUUUAGAUAUAGGUAUGUAGGUCUUUGCGCUGGCAUAAAAAUCUUGGCACUAGCAUUGUUUCUGGUUGAUUGGUGGCUCGUAAGAAGGAGAAGACAAAUGGAGGAUCAGGCUCCUUCCUUCACCGUCAAUGAAUUCGUAGGAUCAAUUAUUAGUCUCGACAAAUUAUUUGAGGAAAAACCUCAUCAACAUAAUUUAGGGGAUGGCGAUGUGAACUCACCGAGCUCCGAUGGAUUAACGCCAUCCUCUGUUUCUUCGCCUACGGAGCCUACAAAGUCGACGAAUCUCGAAGAAACAGAAUCUUCAAAUCAUACGCAGGACUCGAAUGAAACGGCGAAUCGUUUGAAAAACAUGAUGAUGGAUGUCGAUGUACCAGAUACGAGGCAAACACAAUUCGCCACUCGUGAACAGGAAGUAGAUACGAAGCCUUCGAUUGGUAAAUCAGAAAGUCGUGAUCAGAAUGUUUAAUGUUUAUUUCGGACUAGGAACUAUAAAAAUAAAUCUAUCGAAUUGGUGAUAAAAAAAUUUGUGACAAAUUAUUAGAGAAUUCAUUGUAAAUAUAAAGUGUUCAUUGUUGAGAAGCGCCCACUAAUCUUUACAGUCAUAGAACUUAUGUAUACGACUGUCGCACUCGAUAAAUAAUGAAUGAAUAAAUGUGACUUUCGGUGCUCGUGAAUAUGUUUCGAAGAAAUUAUUAUAAACGGGAUAGAAAGAACUUGCAGUCAAUAUUUUUCUGUUAGCGUGAUCAUCGCGCUCGAACUCGAUAGAAAAAAAUAUAUAUAUAUAUACGUACAUAUAUAUGUACAUAUAAAUAUAAGUAUAUACAUAUAUAUAUAUAUAUAUAUAUAUAUAUAUGUAUAUGUAUAUGUAUACACUUAUAUAUAUCGGAUUAGUUUUCUAUGUAUUCGUAUAUUUCACAUAAAAUGCAUACGUAGCUAUGAAAUAUUAAACUCUUGCAUUUGAAGAAGAAAGAGUGCUGUUUAUCUUCCGCAAUAAUUUGUCACAGAUUUCGAUGAAAUGGUUUAGCUAUUAUAAGAAGAUGAUAUCAGUAAGUGUACAUUUUUAUGGCAUUGCGAUGUGUAAAUAGAUUAAUGAUAGGUUGUACGACUCAUUUAAAGAGUGCAGUUCGAGACUGUACCGUUAUUGUGUGGCUGAAUCUAUACUGUUUUUACUCUAAAUGAUACAUUAUACGAAACGAUAGCACAAGAUAAGGCUAAAGAUUAAGUACACGGAGAAACGAUGGAAUUUGUCAUCGUCUUUGGUACAAGUUGUCAAGAAACGAGCCUUUAUCGCGACUGCUAUGUAAAACAAAAGGCCAACGCGAAGACGAAAUUGUAAAUAUAAAAAUCCUGCCUUAAGAACUACAAGACUAGACAAAACUUAAAGUUAAAUAUAAUUAACUAAGUUAACGAAACUAAUGAUCUAUAUAUUUAAACAUUAUUAUCCGCAGAUCAAGAGCUGAGAUUUAUUUUAUAACUAGAUUUUAGGCUUUCUCACAAAAAAAGUAGUCAAUUUAGAAAUAGCGAAGAGUAAAAUGACGAAAAUCAUAGUUGAAUCAAUAGGAUACAAUUGAAUGGUGUAGUAGAGUUUUAUCUUAUCCUUUCUAAUAGAUAUAUUAUACACACGAUCAUAAUCCCACGCUUUGAAAAGAGCGGCACGUGAUCUCCGAUGAUUGUUUCUUCGGCUUCUUAAGUAAAUCUAUUUUAUAGAAUCUCAAAGUAAUAUCACUUGCGGAAAAAUGGCUUUCGUCGAAAAUGAACGUACGAUUUCUUUCUUUCUUUCGUUUCGUUUCUUUUCUUUUCUUUUCUUUUCUUUUCUUUUCGAUAAGAUAUUUCGUAGAAUGCGAAAGACGCUUCCAAGCAACCAAAAUCUAUAUCAUUUUCCGUACGUAUGGAUUGAGGAUCGAUCGGAUUUCAAUAUCAAUCUAUGGGACCUUACUGUCUCCGAUAAGUUUUUGGCUUCGAUGCAAUUAGCUUGCUCGUAAUGAGGAUGCUACUAGUUUUGUACCUGAAAGCCUCUCGAAUCAAUUUCGAUGUAUAAAAGAUGAAGAUGAAGACGAUAACGAUGACGAUGACGAUAAUGAUGAGGUAGGAGAAGGAAGAACAAAGAAAAAAAAUAAAUAAAUAAAAACUAGAAAGAAACUAUAUAAACUCACUCAGGAAUGAAAUUCUAUAGAGAGUAAGGGCACUUUUAAUUUAAUUCAGAAUAUAACAUGAAACGGGGGAAAAAAAAAAAAAUAAUAAUAAAAAACGAGUGUUAAGAAUAUAUAUAUCUCCUCGAAGCCAGGAAAAAUUUUGCCUUAGCUUAUGAAGAAAGUACGAUCAAUUCAUUUUAAGUUUUUAUUUUCGAUAUUUUCAACUUUCUUAUCUGCUCGACGUAAAUCCUUUCGCGAAAUAGUAUUUUACGUCUGACAACAACUGUUAACAAAGAAAUAGAACAAGAAAAAGAAAAAAGAAAAAAAAAAAAAAAGAAAAAAAGAAGAAAGAAAAAUGAUUUAACGUGCUUUUCUAUAUAUAGAAAAACGUAGUCUCUCGAUGAUAUUAAAGAAAUUCAAGAAACCCUGCGUUGCCGCAAAUGUAAACUUUAUGCAAAUUACUUACGUUCGCGUUUUCACACGUGUAUUUAUCACGGUAUCAUCACUCUUGCUGUUUGGUCCGUCACUGUCAAUUUUUCAAAGUGUAGUAUACACGCUACUAUAUUUUAGAGGCAAUUUUCACGUUUGAUGUAAAACGAUUCCUCAAAGCCGACCGUUCGCAUCGUUUUUUCGAAACAGCGAUGAUCUCUUUAAUGACUACGUUAUUGCGAUGCACUUAUAUAUAAUAUAUAUAUUAUAUAUAUAUAUAUAUAUAUAUACACACCUAUAUAACUUUGUGAUAUAAAUUUCUUCCGAGCGGUAGACUUUGACGAACGCCCGUAGAUCGUAACAAAGAAGUGCUGUGAAUAGAAGAAGAAGAAGAAGAAGAAGAAGAAGAAGACGAAGAAGACGAAGAAGAAGAAGAUUGAGGGGUAGAGGAGGAAAAAGGAUAAAAAAAAAGAAAAAGAAAAUCUAAGUACAUAUACAUAAAUAAAUGGCAAAUCAAACUCAGUUCAACUUACACGCCGAAGGGAACGGAGAAGGGAUCUCCACUUCGGAUACUUGCAAUUGUACAUAAAAUUAUAGUUAGAAAAAGAGAGAGAGAGAGAGGGAGAAAGAGAUAGAUAUAAAUACCGUGCGAUUACGAGCCAUUUUUACGAGCUCGAAGUCGCGGUCGUGUUGCUUCGACGUUUCUUACAUUUCUGAAUGAAGAUGCAUCGAACGAAUCUUGCACGGCUACAAUAAUAAUAAGUAUAACGAAUCUUACGUUACUUAAGUACUUUUGUAAGAAUUUUAUUUUUGAAUGAUUAUUUUUUUAAUUUUUCUCCCACUAUAUUGUCUCUAUCUUUUUACUUUGUUCUCUCUUCUCACGACGACACGUAGUUUGUUAUGUUUUUUCGUCGAUGAUAUUAACGAAGCGUUUUAAUUGAAUAAUUCUCUUUUAAUUAAUAUCCUGUUAACGUCAAUAUACACCCAUGCUAUCGACAGAUAAACUGCGAUAACUAUUAAUACCGAUACUACUCGCUAAAAUUAGUACUACUACUACUAUUACUACUACUACUACUACUACUAUUACUACUACUAUUACUACUACUAUUACGAUUACUCUUAUCGCUAUUAUAUUGUUAUAUAUUUAAUUACUACAAUUAUGAUUUUAGUCUUGAAUUUUCUUGUCAAGAGACCGUAGUGUGUACGUAACAUUCCCAAGCGCGGCAGUAAUCUGGAUUAAAAUUAUAAAAUAGCGAAAGAAAAAUAAAUACGAUCAAGUAUUAGAUAGGAUUUACUAUAGUAAUAAAAUUUAAAUCUAAAAAUGUUAUGUUAUAAUGUAUAUAUAAAUAUAUAUAUAUAUGUAUGUAUAUCAUGCAUGUAUGUAUGUGUAUAUGUAUAUAUACAUCAUAUGUAUGUAUUAUCGUCACAAUGUAAACUGCUUAUAGAUGUAAUGUAUUUUUUGUAGGGACCAUAAAUAUAAGCAGAAACACUAUACAUAUAUAAAGAGUUUCAAUCGGUGAAGAAAAGUGCGGAGAGAGUAGGCACAAUGAAGUAUGUCAAAUUCGUGAAAGCAAUACAUGCGUGGCACGAGAAGUUCCUAGAAAUAAUCAAUUUAAUGUUCGCGUACAUAAAUAUAAAUAUAAUAACUAUGUACGUUCGUAUAAAAACGUAUGCGUAUAUAAUAAAAAGAAAAAAAAAAAAAAAAAAAAAAAAAAAAAGAAAAAAAAUAACAAAAGAAAAAACAGAAAAAAAAAACAGAAAAAAAAAAGAAAAAAAGGCAGAAUAAAAAAGAACAAAAAAAAAUAUAUUUAUAUUUGUGUAUAUAUCACAUGUUGAUAUAUAACGUUAAUCGUAUUAAAUGUUAACGAUAAAGAGAGACGAAGAAAAGGAAAUACCAGUUACUACGGAAUUCUUCUCUCUUUUUGUGCGAAACUAUGCACGCUAACACGUUUUAUUUUGUUCAAUGAAAAAUAUCAUAUUUAGAAUACGAAAGUAAAUGAAAUGUAACGCGCUACACCGAUCUUCUAGGAACUUCUCUGCGGGAGCAACAAUUAAUUAAUUAAAGAACGAGAUUACGGAUCGCAAAGGAAAACGGAAAAAAUACAAAGAGAAAGAGAGAGAGAGAGGGAGGGAGAGAUGAAGAAACAAAACAAAAUAAAAAUAAACCGUGAAUACUGAUACUUUCUCCCAUUGGUGGAAUAAGUUUUAUCGGACUUCGCUGCGUUAUGCAUUAAAAAAUAAAAUCAGUGCACCUUUUAUGAUCGUAAUCGCGUUUUUGGAAGUAUGCCUUAAAUUGCAAUGGAGUAAAGAAAUAUGGAAUAGUAAAGAAAAAUGAAGAUAAAUCUAUGCAUAGACAGGAAUAUACAUUACAUAAAUUUUAAUCAUGAUCGCGAACGUCUACGAACGUCGUCGAGCGUGUUUCCUACUACGUAUUUUGCGUGGUCUUGUAAAAAAAAGAAAACAAUGCCGGAUUUCAAUGGAAAGCUUUCCUAUCAUAUCAAAAUCUUCAGUUUUUAACAAUGGAAAUUGAUAAUCUCGCGUGUUACGUAAUAUCUACGUUUAGGAAAAAUAAAAGAUGUAAGUCUUCUAUUGAAGUUCAAUGAAACGUUACAGAGGGAUUUCAGUUUAACGAAUUUCGUUGUAAAAUUAUUAUUAUUAUUACUAUAAUGAUUAUUAAUAUUAUUAUUAUUAUUAUUAUUAUUAUCAUUAUUAUUAUUAUUAUUAUUAUUAUUAUUAUUAUUAAGUAGAUAUAUCAAUAACUAUCUCGCGAUAAGAAGGAUCGUUAAAUAAAUAGGAAAAUGAAUUUAUAAAAACGAUCCAACACGAUUCGAAUUUAAGUUAUUCGUAGUAUCAACUCGAAGCUCUUCUGCGGUUUCGUUUGAGUACACCGGAACAAUUUCGAAUUUGUUUCUUAUCAUUGUAAUCCAAUUUGCAAAGGUCGAUCGAUCCCCUUAAUAAUUAAUUUCUCUCUUUUCAUUGUCAAUGAAUUCUUUUAAGAUCAAAUAUUUCGUUUCUGCCAUGCUAUAAACCCAAAAAUUAUGGAUGCAUUGUUAAGUACAUUAAGAGAUAAUAAUCACAAUGGUCGAGAUUGCCUUCUACUCGAUUUUAUUUAAACCUUAAUUUUUCAAAAAGAGAUAAGGCACAAACAAAUAAUGUAUUUACAAUGAAUAAAUGUUUGGAAAACUGUUAUUCAGCGUUAUUCAUAUUAUAUUAUUAUUAUUAUUAUUAUUAUUAUCGUGCGAUUAAUUAUAUACCGAUAGGACGAAGGAUAUAUUUAGAUUAAAAGAAGGAAAUGAAAAAAAAAAACAGAUCGUACAUCGUGAAUCAUUUUAGAAAAUCUUUCAUCUACUUCCUUUUUAGAUUGAUAGUGAUAAAUAAUUAUCAUAUUCUUCUAGAAAUUUAUUUAAAGAGUUAUCGAUCGAAAUGAUAGCGUUUUACAUAUGUCGCUGUAUCGUGGCAUUUCUUUUCGUUCGAUAGAUAAAACGUCUCUGCUUUUUCAGUCGAGAACGUUGCUCGUAAUAUCGCGAUAAAACACACUAAAUAACAGCCUUCGUGUUCACCGGUUCGGCCAUUUUCUUUUCUUUUUUUUUUUUUUCUUUCUCUUUUUUAUCCUUUUUAUAUCGAACAUUAUUUUUAGCUGUUAACAAUAAAUACAGUACGCUGUAUUUAGAUAUAAAGAACGUGUUUACAACUUGUUCGGGACUCCGGAGCAAAACGAUCAAUGAUAGUUGGAAUGGCGGAAUUUAUUUUCGAUUUUCCGAAAAUAAACUAUUCAGUGAGAAUAAUCAUGCUUUGCUCGCUCGACCGAGCGCACGCUCACAAAUUUGGACGAAUUUUAUUUCGAUAAAACUUAUUUAGAAAUUUAUCGCGUUGCAUAAUUUACAAGAAUCCAAGAAUUCUCCAAAGAAUCCCAUCGGAGAAACGACAUUUUAACGUGCGAAUAAUUUCACUCUUAAUAUCCAUCCGUUUAAUCUUAUAUUAUAUUGUUCAAGAGAAAAUCUAUAAUAAGCGAUGAGUAUAAAUUUCCAAGAAUUCCAUUUUUUUCCUCGAAUUACAACGUGUGCGAUUGUAAAGUCGAUCGUAAAUACGUUAAUUGAAGUUCGGUUAAGGAUAAAGCAAAAAAAGUAAUAAUAAUCUACGUUUAGAAAUGGAAAUGUAAUAAAUAAAAAUGUAUUUACAUAUAUCGUAAAAAGAAAAAUGGAAGAGAAGAAAAAGAAAAAAACAUUCGCGAUAGAAAAAUUGUUCGAUAAGAAGCGUUAAAGCUAUUUGAAAUUGGCGGCGUAACAUGGCGACGACCAAUGAGACGAUAGUAAGGGUGGCGAAGUCAAACGCGCGGACUUCCGCCAUUUCCGUCAGUUGUCCACAGGCUUUUGGAGCGUGCGGACGUGUGCGAGUGCUUCGUAGUAUCAUUUUCCCCUGUCAUCGUUACGGAGUCGCGUUUUCGCUAACGAACGCCUCACCGUACCUUCUAGAUUCAAUGUGUAUGGCGAUUCAGUUUCCUAGUGAGUGCAUCCUCACAUACAUGGAGUUUCAGCUGGAUAGCGCAGAGUACUGCCAGGCUCAACACAAAUAGAGAGAUACGUCCAAGCAUCGUGAUAACACCUACCAUCAGAUUAUCUUCCGAAUAGUAGUCGAAGAGAUCCCAGGUGGGAAUAAAUCGCAUAUCAACACCGCCUAAUGUAACGUAGUCCUCACCCCCCUUCGGCGAAAUUCGCGCUCAGCUACCCUUCCCAAGAUCUACAUGUAAACCCACUGUUCUGUCCUCUGUAAAAAAUUAACAAAGUAUUCGAUUAGUUAAAUGAAAAAACAACUUUAUAAGACUGACAUCUAUGGGCUAAGUUGUCAAAUUCAGCCCAGCUUCGCAUAGUGUGGCACAUUUGCAAAAGAUUCGACAAAAAGAGAAACAAACAAACAAACAAACAAACAAACAAACAAAAAAGAAGAAUCGUAAAUUUGAGCGUCGUAUAAAGUCACCCAGGCGAGAAAAGAUAAAAAAGAAAAAAAAGAAAAAUAAGGAAAUCCUUUUAAAAGUUAUUUCACAAAAAGAGAGAAGGAAAAAGAUAUAAAACACUUGUAGCUGUAAGAGGAAAUGAGCAACAUGAGGGUAAAGGAUAUCAGGCCGGCGCCCGCCGAGA